UUACAAUAUGGAAAGACUUUUACAAAAUCGCCGAAUUAGAUCAUUUCAACGUUCAUAUCAAAAUGAAAAUAACAAAAUUUUGAUUCCAAUUACCAGAAAUUCUUUAAUUAGAAUAUCAAAACAAGAAUUAAAAUUAAUUGGGGGCGUUUCAAAAAAUUGUUUUUUUACCCCCAUACAAUGCAUGAUACAACAUGAUAUGAAUAAAUUAAGCCGAAUGUUGGACCAAACAAAUAAAUAUUAA